GGCGGGCAAUCCCCGCGGCCCCGGCUCCUCGCAGCGAACGGGGUGCCUUGUUAUAUUGGAAAUGAGGGGCAGGGGGAGGAGGUGGCGGGCACGCGGAGCGCCGGGUGUGCGGUGUCAAUCAGAGGGGUUUUGUGUCUCCUCGGCUCCUGACGGUCCGUGGCUGAGGUGUCCCGGGUGGCACCGCCAUGAAUAUGAAUGGGGGUCCUCGCUAAAUGGGACAGUCAAAGCGCACCGCCCUGAAUAACGGCACGUCAUCCCAACUACACCGCUAUACAUAGGAGGGCUCCUUUUGUCUCCGCUCUCCGCCGCAGCCCUAUAAAAGCCCCUCGUAGGCAGGCGGAGGUCAGUCCCGGCACACACCCACCGCCGUCCCUGAGAGCGGGGCGCGGGGCAGCGCUGCCGCGGGGCAGAGGGCUCUUUCCCCCGCUGCCGCCCCGAGUUGCCGCCCGCCCGGCGCCGUCCGACCCGUCCAUCCCUCGGUGCCCCCCGGAGGAGCCGCCUCGUUCCGCCGCCUCCCGAUCAGGGCAAGGUGUCUCGCUCCGGCGCUCGAGUACAAUGAAUUCUGACUCCAGCUCCGUCUCCAGCAGAGCCUCCUCGCCGGACAUGGACGAGAUGUACCUGCGGGAGCACCGCCACCACCAUCACCACCACCACCCGGAGAGCCGCCUCAACCCCGUCUCUUCCACGCAGGGCGACCUGGUGCAGAAGAUGGCCGGGGAGGGCCUGGCCCGGGGCGGCCCCAAGGCGCAGGGGGAGGGCGGCAAGUACAAGAUCAAGAAGCAGCUCUCGGAGCAGGACCUGCAGCAGCUGCGGCUCAAGAUCAACGGGCGGGAGCGCAAGCGGAUGCACGACCUCAACCUGGCCAUGGACGGGCUGCGGGAGGUGAUGCCCUACGCGCACGGCCCCUCCGUCCGGAAACUCUCCAAAAUCGCCACCCUGCUGCUGGCCAGAAACUACAUCCUGAUGCUCACCAGCUCCCUGGAGGAGAUGAAACGCCUGGUGGGGGAGAUCUACGGCGGCCACCACUCGGCCUUCCACUGCGGCACCGUGGGCCACUCCGCCGCCGCACAUCCGCCCCACGCAGCCGGAGCCGUGCACCAAGUGCACCCCAUCCUCGGCGGGGCCCUCUCCUCCGCCAACGCGUCCCCGUCGCUGCCAGCCUCGCUGCCGGCCCUGGGCACCAUCCGGCCGCCCCAUUCCCUGCUGAAGACCCCCUCCACUCCCCCCGCGCUGCAGCUCGGCGGCGGCUUCCAGCACUGGGCCGGCUUGCCGUGCCCCUGCACCAUCUGCCAGGUGCCCCCCCCGCCUCACCUCUCUGCCCUCUCCGCCUCCGGCAUGGGCCGGAUCUCGGCGGACACCAAGGACCUGCUCAAGUGA